UCGUGUAAUUUGCGGAGGAUGAUUCGUCUGGCUUUAACACCUUCGAAAAACAAAAAAAAAAACCUCAAAAGCUCUGUUUUUUGGUUAAUUAUGUAUAUGAAUGAAUAAACUGCCAAAAGCAGCCUGGUAAAACCUGCAAAGAAAGAGUACUUCAUUUCUGGUUCGCCUUUUGUUAUCUCUGGAAAACCGACUUACCCUGUUUUUCCUCUGCCAUUUUCCUUCAUCUUUUCCGUUUCGGCCAUCUGGGUCGCCUUUGAUUUUUGAUGAGUUUAAUUAAGAUUGAAUUUUGAUCCCUUUUGGCUCGUACCCUUCUGACCCCACUUGAGGAAUUUCAUCGAUAAGUUAAUAAAUACUAGUUUUUUAAAUUUUUUUGUCUGUUUUCACAUAAUUCAUUGAACGGAUGAGGUGUUCUUGAGCUGUUAUUAUCCUUAAGUGGGUCUCUCCCUCUCUUUUUGGCGUGUUUUUUCUUUUCCUGCUCAGUUUUGGUAUAUGGGUUUGUUUGUUGGAACAUAAUUGAGGUUCAGGUAUUAUCAGGCUCUGUUUUUGGUUUUUUGUUAUUCUUCUCUGAAACUUUUCAGUUGAUGAAAAAACUGUUUAUUGGAGAUUUAGCGUCAUGUGAUAAUAUUGAGACUUUUUUUUUUUUUUUUGCGUUUUCUUUAUUGAAUUUGAGUGAGUUUUGAUUUGUGGGAUCAAUUGAGCAUGGAUUUUAAGUGAAGUGCAAUAUUUGAAGAUCUGGAUUAGACACUGUAUUUGUAAUUUAUUGAGGGUAUUAGUAGGGGAAAGAUUUUGUUUUUUGUUUUUGGUUUUUGGGGAAGGUUUUGAAUCAAUUGAAUUAAGUUUUAAGUAGAUGGAUUCAAGAGUGGAAGAUGAUCAAGAAACUGAGAAUAAAGGGAGUAUGUGGGUUUUGGAUCAGAAGCUUGAUCAGCCAAUGGAUGAGGAGGCUGGGAGGCUCAGAAAUAUGUACAGAGAAAAGAAAUUUUCUGUGUUAUUGCUUCUGCGGUUUGCGUUCCAAAGUCUUGGAGUGGUUUUUGGAGAUUUGGGCACUUCUCCUUUGUAUGUCUUUAACAAUACGUUUCCUGGCAAAGUAGAAGAUCCAGAGGAUGUGAUUGGUGCUCUCUCAUUGAUUAUAUACUCUCUUACUCUCAUACCGCUGCUUAAGUAUGUCGUUGUUGUCUGUAAGGCGAAUGACAAUGGUCAAGGUGGAACAUUUGCUCUCUAUUCCUUGCUAUGUCGUCAUGCAAAAGUUAAAAUUAUUCCCAAUCAACACAGGACCGAUGAAGAGCUAACUACAUAUAGUCGUUCUACUUUUCGUGAACAGUCUUAUGCUGCAAAAACCAAGAGAUGGUUGGAAGGACAUACGUCCAGGAAAACUGCACUUCUUCUUCUUGUCCUUUUGGGCACUUGCAUGGUGGUUGGGGAUGGAAUUUUGACUCCAGCUAUAUCUGUUUUGUCUGCUGUUGGUGGGAUCAAAGUAAAAGGCCCCAGUAUGAACCCUGAUAUCGUUAUACUUGUUGCGGCCAUUAUAUUAGUAGGCCUGUUUAGCAUGCAACACUAUGGUACAGAUAGAGUUGGUUGGCUCUUUGCUCCAAUCGUGCUGCUGUGGUUUCUCUUGAUUGGAGGUAUUGGCAUGUAUAACAUCUGGAAAUAUGACAGCAGCGUUCUCAAGGCUUUCUCACCCGUAUAUAUAUAUCGGUAUUUUAAAAAGAAUGGGAAAAAUAAAUGGACCUCCCUUGGAGGUAUAAUGCUUAGCAUAACAGGGACAGAGGCACUUUUUGCUGACCUAGCCCAUUUUCCGGUUUUAGCUGUUCAGAUUGCUUUCAUUGCAGUCGUGUUCCCGUGCCUCCUCCUAGCCUAUUCUGGACAAGCUGCGUACCUUAUGCAAAAUCAUGAACAUGUAGUUGAUGCAUUUUACUAUUCUAUUCCAGGAACUAUAUAUUGGCCUGUGUUGCUUGUUGCAACUGCAGCAGCUAUUGUUGCAAGCCAGGCGACAAUAUCUGCGACUUUUUCAAUAAUUAAGCAGGCUCUUGCACAUGGCUGUUUUCCGAGAGUUAAAGUUGUACAUACUUCAAAGAACUUUCUUGGCCAGAUAUAUGUGCCAGAUAUCAACUGGAUCCUUAUGAUUCUAUGUAUUGCUGUGACUGCUGGAUUCAAAAACCAAAACCAAAUAGCAAAUGCUUAUGGGACGGCUGUCGUGGUAGUCAUGCUUGUCACCACAUUUCUUAUGACACUAAUCAUGAUUUUGGUCUGGCGGUGCCAUUGGCUAAUAGUCGUGAUCUUCACUGGUUUAUCACUGCUUGUGGAGGGCACUUACUUUUCUGCGGUACUUUUCAAGGUCGACCAAGGUGGGUGGGUUCCGCUUGUGAUCGCUGCAGCCUUUCUUCUCAUUAUGUAUGUUUGGCAUUAUGGCACGGUAAAACGUUAUGAGUUUGAAAUGCAUAGUAAGGUCUCAAUGGCAUGGAUUCUUGGACUUGGCCCGAGUUUAGGGCUAGUUCGGGUCCCUGGUAUAGGACUUGUGUAUACUGAACUUGCUAGUGGGGUUCCUCACAUAUUCUCCCACUUCAUCACCAACCUACCAGCCAUCCACUCUGUUGUUGUCUUCGUCUGUGUGAAGUACCUUCCUGUUUACACUGUCCCAGAGGAAGAGAGAUUCCUCGUUAAGAGAAUCGGACCUAAGAACUUCCACAUGUUCCGUUGUGUUGCAAGAUAUGGCUACAGAGACCUCCACAAGAAAGAUGACGAUUUUGAGAAGAAGCUUUUCGAUAGCCUUUUUAUAUUCGUAAGGCUCGAGGCCAUGAUGGAAGGCUGCUCAGACUCGGAUGAGUACAGUGUUUAUGGCCAGCAAACGGAGCAGUCACGAGAGGGCCUCUUGAACAACGACUGCAACACAACUUCCCCCAACCUUACCAUCUCGUCAGUAGAUUCAAUUGUGCCCAGUAAAUCUCCGGUACACAUGAACAGCAGUACAGUCGGGUCGUCAGGGCAGGUGAGCUACCAAACUGAGGUCGAUGAGCUAGAAUUUUUGAAUAGUUGUAGAGAUGCCGGAGUGGUGCACAUAUUGGGAAAUACAGUGGUGAGAGCAAGGAGGGAUUCAAGGUUCUAUAAGAAGAUAGCUGUUGAUUAUAUAUAUGCUUUCCUUAGGAAGAUAUGCAGAGAGAAUAGUGUGAUAUUCAAUGUUCCUCAUGAGAGUCUAUUGAAUGUUGGGCAAAUUUUCUUUGUCUAACUUCUUUUUGUAUUAUCGUCUAUAUUUCUUAUACCUCAUUCCUUGUAAUCAUACUGUAAAUGCCAAUUUCUUUUUGUGUUGCUAGCAUAGAGUUAUGGUAGAUUAUUGGCAGAAUGCUGAUAAGAAUACACGCUUACCUUCAGGACUAUGGACAUUAGAAUUCUUCAUGCAGAAACUUUGGAUGAAAUUGUAUAAAGUUUUAUCUCUCACGAGCAAGGGCAAAUAUGCAAUAAGGUUAUUAUUAUUAUUAUUA